UUGAACAGAUAAAAAAAAAUAGUGGUGGAUGCCUGACUGAUGUGUAUGGAGGACUUAUGAUGUUUUGAUUUUUCUUCAUCUCAGUAUCUUAAAGCUAACGAAAGCUAAUAACUUCAGUACAACUACUCUUUCAUAUAGUCUAAACUACAAAGUCUCAAAUCUCAAAUUGUUACUAAAUUCGAAAUCUACGUGUCAAAAUUAAUAUAAAUUUCGAUAUAAAGAUAAUUAUUUCUUUUCUUCAACCAUAUCAUUUCCAAAAUAGAAAAAAACUGAGAAAUCAGAAAUUUAUCAUCUUAAGUUUAACCGAGAGUGCGAGUAUUGGUGAGAGUGAUGGUAAGACUACGCCAGUAGAAUGAAAGAAUAGGCACUACCAAUGUAAUCUUGAAAUUACUAGUAUCAUUGAAGUAACAUGUCUCGCUUUUUAUCUCCAAUUUCUACUUUUCCGUCAGUUUUGAUAGGUUAUUUUCGUCAAAAAUCAGAAAAUAGCAAUGAGAGGUUUUGUGUAAUUUAUAAUUAGUUCAUGAUUUGCCAUGAUGUCAAUCAAAUAACAGUGUUUGACAAACAAAACACAGCUAAUGCUUUAUUUCACCAUGAGUUUGUUCAACGACUCAAACAACUUCUUGAGUAGAAUAAUUCUAGAAAAAUAAGAUUGGCAAUACAAUUAUUCAGAAAAUGUCGAUUCAAUUCAAAAGUUGCAAUUAGACACUUACUUUGAAAAUAUAUAUAGAAAAUAAAGAAUAGAGACUAAGAACUGUGCUUUCCAUAAAAUGACUCUUCUUUGUUAUUCUCAUUGAAAAUAGAUCAUAAGCAUAAAUCUGUUUUCCAUCAUAAUGUAUGCCCGAGUAGAAUAUCAGCGAUGUCGCACUCUUGCCAUUUAUUUAAGAAUCUUAUCAAAUUGAACUCGCAUAUAAAAAUGCAAAAAAGAGCCCAUCUAAAAGCAAAUUAACGAAAUAAUGGAUGGUUGACCGAAAAAAUUGCAAUCAAACAUUUUGAAUUCAAGAAAAUCUUUUAAAACAAAACAAUCUUUGUUGAUAAAGUUGAGAAUUUGACUAAAAAAGGUUUCUCGUCUUGUAACAAAAUCCAAUUUCUAUGAAGAGAAAAUUUCUCUCUCUUAUUUUAUAGUUUUUCUUGUCUCUAUUUUAGACUAUCCAUUACGUUCUCCAUCCAGCACCAACAUUCAUCCGAAUGCUCGAUGGCAACAAAAUGGUAUCACUGUGGCUGGAGGAAAUCGACAAGGCAAUGGAAUCAAUCAACUCUCAUAUCCAUGGGGUUUGUAUGUUGAUGAUGAUCAAACAAUCUAUGUUGCUGAUCGAGUGAAUCAUCGUAUUGUGGAAUGGAAACGAGGUGCAACAAGUGGCCAAGUGGUUGCCGGUGGAAAUGGACAAGGAAGUGGAGAUCAUCAAUUGAAUUACCCAUAUGAUGUGAUUAUCGACAAAGAGAGAGAUAGUCUCAUCAUAUGCGAUUAUUCGAAUAGAAGAGUGGUUCGAUGGCCUCGUCGAAAUGGGACAAGUGGAGAAACAAUCAUCUCCAACAUCGAUUGUGUGGGUUUGACAAUGGACGAGAAUGGAUCUCUCUAUGUCACUGACUUUGGAAAAAAUGAAGUGAGACGAUAUCGAAGAGGAGAAUCUCAAGGAACAGUGGUU